GCAACGCCACGACAUGUAGAUCCCUAACCUCUCCUCAUGUAUGCUUCGGCUCGUGAGGAGGUGAAUGGAGAAUUCCAUCGGAACUGAAGUUUCUUUCAUGCCCUCAAGCAAAGUAUGGAAUCAUCGAUUGAUCGACACCUAUAUAUAUAUACACGCUACCCAUCGAUGCUCCCUCUCAUCUCACCAUCGUUUGACACAAGCUAGCUAUUUCUAGCAGUAGCCGCGAUAUCAUUUUGACUGCAGCGCAGCUCUUGUUCCUGAGCAAUACAAUACACACAUCCUUAGUCGUCCCUGAGAUGGCAAGCAGCAGCAGCAGCAGGCAAGCAACCAAUGGCAAGCAGCAGGCUGUUCAGGAGCUGGAUCCCAAGUACGAGUGGCUACAGAAUGACAUUGACUUCAUCCUACGCGUCCACCUCUCAGGCUUCAGCAAAGAAGAUUUCAAGGUGCAAGUCGACGGCGCUGGGCGCCUCACCGUCCGCAGCCAGCGCGUGGACGGCGGCAAGAACACCCAAUUCCACAAGGUUUUCCUUCUGCCCGACACCUCCAACCUCGACGACAUCAGCGGCCGCUUCGACGGCAGCGUCCUCACCCUCACCGUGCCCAAGCGCCCCACCACGCUGCACCUCACCAUAAAGGAGAUCAAGAAGCCCAAGGAGGCGGAGACCGAGAAGGACGAGGCGGAGCACAAGGAAGAGACCAAGAAGCCGAAGGACGAUGCCGAGCCUAAGGAGCAGGGCAACAAGGCUGAGCAGGUCAAGGACGAGGUGGAGGCCAAGAGAAGCAAACCAGAGCAAGAUCAGAAGACGACGACGGUGCCACCAGCCGUCAGGAAGGAAGAUGUUAAGCCAAAGCCCGAGGCUGCAGCCGCACCAACAACCGAGAAGAAGCAGGCUGACGGUAAGAGGGCGACUGAGGCGGUUCAUCGGGACAGCCCGGCCGAGAGAGUGAGGCGCCGCGCCGAGGAAGAAAGCGCCAAGGCAGCGGCUGCGGCAGAGGAAGCAGAGCGCGAGAGGACGGCGGCGCGCUGUUGCUGGAAAGUGGAGCUGGAGGGGCUCGCCGGCUCGGAGUGGGCGGAGGGUUUCAUGGAGACAGUGACGAAAAACAAGGAGGUGAUCGCGGCAGUCGCCGCCUUCUCGCUUGGCCUCUUCAUCUCCAGCAGGCUCUUCUCCAGGAACUGAAUUGAUCGUGCAGCGGCCGCGUCACUCCAUGUGGAUAUACACACACUUAUAUAUAGAACCGAAAUGUGAAAUGUAAACAUGCUUAUACUUAUGCAGUGAUCUAAAAAAACAAACUUGAAUAUUAAUUAUUCAGAUUACAGAAAAUCAUGCUCUAAACUCCAAACAAAAUCGGAAAAACCUAUAGUCUUCAACAGAUGGAUUGAAGCAUUGGAACAUCAGUGAA